CAGAGGUACUCAGAAAGAGGUACAGGUUUUGGAAGGCACAGAGCCCCAACUUUUACGGAAGAAAAGAUUUCAUGAAAAUAGUGAUACUACAUUAAAAGAAGUACUCAUAUCCUCUGCCACUUUAUUUCAACUUCUAUUGCCCUAGGAAAGAGCCUGUUUGAAGGCGGGCCCAAGGAGUGCUGGCAGCAGUCUCCUCCCUCCACCUUCUUCCUCAUUCUCUCCCCAGCUUGCUGAGCCCUUUGCUCCCCUGGCGACUGCCUGGACAGUCAGCAAGGAGUUGUCUUCCAGUGCAUUUUGCCCUCCUGGCUGCCAACUCUGGCUGCUAAAGCGGCUGCCACCUGCUACAGUCUACACAGCCUCCGGAAGACGAAAGGGACCUCAGACCUUCCAGAUCGCUUCCUCUCGCAAGAAACUAUUUGUCGCAGGAAUAAAGAUGGCUGCUGAACCAGUAGAAGACAAUUGCGUCAACUUUGUGGCAAUGAAAUUUAUUGACAAUACGCUUUACUUUAUAGAAAACCUGGAAUCAGAUUACUUUUGCAAGAUGGAAUCUAAAUUAUCAAUCCUAAGAAAUUUGAAUGACCAAGUUCUCUUCAUUGACCAAGGAAAUCGGCCCCUAUUUGAAGAUAUGACUGAUUCUGACUGUAGAGAUAAUGCACCCCGGACCAUAUUUAUUAUAAGUAUGUAUAAAGACAGCCAGCCUAGAGGUAUGGCUGUAACCAUCUCUGUGAAGUGUGAGAAAAUUUCAACUCUCUCCUGUGAGAACAAAAUUAUUUCCUUUAAGGAAAUGAAUCCUCCUGAUAACAUCAAGGACACAAAAAGCGACAUCAUAUUCUUUCAGAGAAGUGUUCCAGGACAUGAUAAUAAGAUGCAAUUUGAAUCUUCAUCAUACAAAGGAUACUUUCUAGCUUGUGAAAAAGAGAGAGACCUUUUUAAACUCAUUUUGAAAAAAAAGGAUGAAUUGGGGGAUAGAUCUAUAAUGUUCACUGUUCAAAACGAAGACUAGCUAUUAAAAUUUCAUGCCAGGCGCAGUGGCUCACACCUGUAAUUCCAGCCCUUUGGGAGGCCGAGGCGGGCGGAUCACCAGAGGUCGGUAGUUCAAGACCAGCCUGACGAACAUGGUGAAACCUUGUCUCUACUAAAAAUACAAAAAAUUAGCUAGGUGUGGUGACCCAUGCCCGCAAUCCCAGCUACUCAAGAGGCUGAGGCAGGAGAAUCAUUUGAACCCUGGAGGUGGAGGUUGUGGUGAGCCAAGAUUCCACUCCAGCCUGAGCAACAAAAGCAAAACUCUAUCUCAAAAAAUAAAAUAAAUAAAUAAAUAAUUCAUAACGUGAAUUGUGAAUUUUUAUGUUUAGAAAGAUUAUGAGAUUAUUAGUCUAUAAUUAUAAUGGUGAAAUAAAAUAAAUACUGGUCUUGCAAAACAUCAUUAAGAAAUGAAUGAACUUUCACAAAAGCAAAUAAACUUUCCCUUAUUUAAGUGAAUAAAAUAUUUGCAUAAUGUUUAAAAAAUUCAUAGUUUGAAAACAUUCUACAUUGUUAAUUGCCAUAUUAAUUAUACUUAAUAUAAUUAUUUUUAAAUCUUUUGGGUUAUUAGUCCUAAUGACAAAAGAUAUUGAUAUUUGAACUUUCUAAUUUUUAAGAAUAUCAUUAAACCAUCAAGAUUUUUAUAAGGAGGCCACUUCACUUGACAAAUUUCUGAAUUGCUUCCAAAGUCAGUAUAUUUUUAAAAUUCAGUUUGAUCCUGAAUCCAGCAACAUAUAAAAGGGAUUAUAUACUCUGGCCAACUGACAUUCAUCCCAGGAAUGCAAAGAUGGUUUAAUAUCCUAAAAUCAAUUAACAUAACAUACUAUAUUAAUAAAGUAUCAAAACCAUA